AUGAGGCAGGGUAAAGACUUUUUCGCCCGCGAGGCCAAGGUGCAGGGGCUUAAGAGCCGGGCUGCGUUCAAGCUGCUAGAGAUGGAUGCCAAAUACAAGAUAUUCCGCAAGGGCCAGACGGUAGUAGAUCUGGUUGCUGUCGAGCGGACGAAGCCCAAUGGCCAGAUCCUGGGAAUCGACAUCAUACCCGCACAGCCACCUAAGGGUGUCUCAACGAUCCAAGGCAACUUCCUUUCACCCGAUGUCCAGGGUAUGGUGAAAGACUAUCUCGAGCGAGCCAGACACCGCAAGAAGAUCUCGUCGCAAGCAGAAGAAGACGAAGAAUUAGAGAAUGAUGAAGAUGACCUGUCCGCGGACAGCGAAGCUACAGUCAUUGAGGAGAAACCGAGCUAUAUCGACAUGGAAAGAGCAGCACCCGAAAUUCCAAGUACCGCCAAGGAUGGAUCGGAGGCUAAUAAGGGUCGGUUGGUGGAUACCAGUGGAUUCGGCGUGAACAGUCUUAGUAAUCCCUAUCAUAGGAUGAUGAACACGAGCGGCAUGGCCUUCCGAGAUCACGCCGGAAGUAUGGACCUAUGCGGAGCGGCACUGCAGUUCGCCAAUGACACGCUUAAAAAUGGCGGGCAUUUCGUCUGCAAGUUCUACCAAGGCUCCGAGGACAGAGAUUUUGAAAAGAAGUUGAAGACCUUGUUUGCCAAGGUCUUUCGAGAGAAGCCAGAGUCUUCUCGCAGUGACUCAAAAGAGGCGUACUUUGUCGCACUCAGAAGGAAGGGAAACGUAAGCUUGGAGAGUGUCGACUUGUAA